CAGAUUGAUAUGCAUAAAAAACUUUAUAAUGAAGAGUUAAAUCUCCUAUAUGAGCAACCCGAAAAUUUAGACGAGAAUGAGAAUUUACGCCCGGAAAAAAUGGAAGUAUUUCUUGAAAAAUUUUCAAAUAAUAUUCUGGCAACGAUUCCAGCUUUGACACCAACAAUGCUACAACUCGCUGGAAACUUGUACUUUGAAGAUUUUGUAACGACUUCAUCAACAAAUUCUGGAUAUCCGAACGAAUCUAAUGUAAAAUUACUGCAAUUUCUUUUCCGCCAACUCUUAUCUAAAGACGAUAUAAAUAAUAUCGAGAAUGAGCGCUUUGGAAUUAAUUUAGUAGACCAAGUAUGUAAAAUUAUGCUUGAAAACAUCAUUAAAUUAAAAAAUGAAAACGCUGAUAAUAACAUUGCUGAAAAUGACUUACGGGAAUGGCAACGACAAGUUACUAAUGUUUUAACGUUAAGUGCAAAUAUUGAAAUAUCUUCAAAAUCAAAAGCUCUACAAUUUUUACGCAUCUGUAAUGAUUUAAUUUCAACAAAACUUAUCAACAUUUCGGAUAUAGUUGAUGCCAUUAAUAUUAAACGUGAACCUGAUCCAGACAACCAAGAACUUGAUCCAGAUUAUCAGGAACUUGGUUCGGAUAACCAAGAGCUUGGUUCAGAUAACAAAGAGCCUGGUUCAGACAACCAAGAACCUGAUUUUGAUAACCAAGAACCUGAUUCUGAUAACCAAGGCCCUAAUCACGAAAUAGAGCUCGAUUUAGAUAAUCUGGAAAAUGUACUUUCCCAAGAAUUUAUUGAUCGUGUGUUGGAACUUUUUGACAAUAUUCAGUCUACAGAGAGAGUCAUAACGUCAAAAUGUUCGUUCUUUCGACGAUGUUUUGAUAUUAUUCCAUUCGAUUCACCAGUACGUACUCACCUUUAUAAAAUAAUUUUUGGACGAAAGCCAGGUGCGCUCAUUGGUUCUAUUAUAUCACAAAUUUUAUUAUCAGAGGAAGACUUUCAGCCAGGAAUUUUUAUUCAAUUAAUGCAAAAUGCAAGAGCAAUUAUAAAUCGUUCUCCAAAUUUGACUGCUAUUAAUACCGCUCUUAAAGAAAAUGGAGUUGAUUCACCAAUUAUGGCUUUAUGUUGUGAUGUAAUACAAAAUGACUUUUUUGCAAAAUGGGAUAUUAAUGACCUGAUGAAGAGCUACUGUGAUGCGAUCAACGUUUUAUGUAAUUCAAAUUUCGAACUUUUGCAAUUGGUCAUUGCUGUCGCUUUACUCAAAGAAAUUAUAAAUUAUCUUUGGAGUUCAUUAGAAUCUAUCCAAAAAACGGACACAGAACCUGUGAUGUUUAAUGAUGAAAUAGAAAAUAUUGAUAAGGUGAUUGAUGAAAUUAAUCUAGCCAUGGAACGCCCGUCAUUUCUUAUUC